AUGGACGAUAACAGCACGCAUACCGGUCAAUAUCGCUCUGCCUGCGCUGAGUGUCAUCGCAGGAAGCAAAAGAAGCGCAAGGUCGCGGAUAAAUGCCGCUUCAUACAGCCUAACGCGGCGAGCUCGCCGUCGGAAAGUCUUGGGCAGGGCAGUGAGAAGAAGAGGUCGCGUAGUCGCGAUGAUGAGGGCGACCCCGAGGUGUCCGAGCCCGAGGAUGACGAUGACGAUGUUGAAUUGGCGGCCAUGGGAUACGCCGCUGGGCCCCUUCUGGAGUCGCUAACUAUUGAUUCGAAGAAACACAAGAAACCGCUGGGUCAGAUCACUUGGGUUCAUCCCAGUACCUGUCCUCAACUCAAGCAUGCCAUGGAUGUUCUCCCCUCGAGAGCUCAGAUGGAUGCACUUGUCCAAAACUUCUUUAACAACGUCAACUACCAUUACUACAUCAUCUAUCCACCCACCUUCCUCCAAGAGUAUCAAACCUGGUGGGAACGCAGAUCUCGCAACCAAACUCUCUCACUGCAGUGGACGAUUCUGCUGGUCAUGGUCUGCGCCUGUGCUACUCAGCAUCUGGACGUUGACAUAAAACCUAUGGUUGAGAUCGAGCUAUCUGAGCCAUCAGACAAACUAACUGUUGAAUAUCACAAAGCAGCCACAGAACUCGGAAGAGUUAUUCCAUUGGGGCAUUGCCAUCUUCUCAACAUUCAGUGGAUGCUUCAUUCAAUUUAUUGGUACAAGGCUGAAGCCAAGUUUGUGGAGGCUUGGCAUGUUAUUGGUGCUGCCGUUCGAGAGGCUCACGAGUUGGGUCUUCACCGGACUGCCAUUGCUGAAGGACUAUCCGAGUUCGACCGUGAGAUGAGACGGAGGGUAUGGUGUAUUCUGGACUGCUGGGACUGGCAAUUUGCUUCUGGUCUAGGCCGGCCAACAAUCAUCGACCACACAGACAUCAACGUCGAGCCACCAAGUCUAGCUCUAGAAGAUUUCUCCCCUUCGCCACUCCUCCAUAUGAAACUCCAAUCAGAACUAGUAACAGACCUCGCUCAGCGCUGGGGUGCCCCCAAGAACAUUAGCUCAUUGAAAGAUAUCCAAGAGUACAAAUCGAGUCUCGAAGAAUGGAUCCGUUGUUUCCCUGCGGUAUACGACGUCGACAACCCUGAUACAUCAAAGGAUUACAAGCACAACUGGAUCGUUUUCCACAGGUUUUAUAUCCAUACCAUGGCUUAUCUUAUGAUUCUUAACCCGAUGAGAUCAUACAUGGCGCAAGACUUUACAAAGGAUUCGCCGGCAGAUUUGUUGGCUGUGAGGGAAGAUGCGGUUCAUUACUCACUUAGGAACCUGGACACGACGAACCGAUGGGCGAACCACGUUUCACACCGAGAUGGACGAUUUCAUUUUAUUAUCUUUUCGCUAUUCGAUACGGCGGCCGUGCUUUCGACGGCUAUUAUCAAGGAUCAUGAUGAGACGAUUCCGAGGAAAGAUGAGAUUAUCGAGGCGGUGGACAAAUCGAUUCAGUUGCUGAAGCGUCUCAAGGCACUCUCGAAAACGGCAAAGACAUCACAUGAUAUCCUUGUCAAGAUGGUCAACAAGAUGCCACGAAAGAAGCCAGUACCACGGGAGAACGUCCUCCGCAAGAAAAAGCGUGUCGCUGCUGUGUCACGAGCAGCACCAGUUAACCCACCUGUGCAAGAACCAAUUCAAGCACCUUUCCCAGCACCUACACCAGUUUUCAAGACGGAGCCAAGCUAUCACCAAGAAUCAGGUCAAGAAUCGCAAGAAAGCUCACCAAGCUACUACGCCAGCUCUGAAGGCCCUGCAGGAUCAACGCCACAGAGCAACUACUCAAACCACGACGUCCGCGACGCUUCAGCAUACGCUCAGAUCCCCAUGGACAACUAUCAAAAACCUCACCACUAUAUCGCCCAAGUCCCCUCCCCGAGCGCUGGCAUCGACGGUAUUAUCCAGGGUGGAGCACUUUACUCCAUGCCGCAAGUCAAUCCCAAUGUACCAGCCAUGGUUCCCCAGCCGUACGUGGACUAUCACCACCAAGACCUCAACGUAGACUACGGCGGUCUAGGCAACAUCACAGAUGUGGAUCUCGGAGACUUUUCACAACUAUGGGACUGGAGGAGUCUCAACUUGGAUUUCAUCCAAAGCUCAACAUAA